AUGUGUGCCAUAUACGUCUAUGAUGUGUGCCAUAAUUUGUUCAUGACGUUUUAAAGUUGAUGUAUGCUGCUUAAAUGUAUGCUAAUAAUUAAUAAUUAUGUAUGAACUAUGAAUGUAAAUAUUAAAUAUGUAAUAAUCUAAUUAUAACAUAAAAUAACAAAAAUAUUGUGUAGUGUGUACCUAAUACAGGGAUUGAAUAUUAUAAUCAAACAGAAACAUCCGGUGGGUAACACUUGGAUUGUCACAUCAUCGAGUACAGACUUGUUGAAUUGUGAGGUCCGAUGGGGUUUAACGUGGACACUCCGUUUUCUGUAAUUGCCGACUGGUCUUGGAACGAAGUGUGCAAGUACGCCCGUGAGGCGGCGGUGUUCUUGGACGAUUAUGCCGCAGAGUCGCUGCACUGGCACGGCGGAUGUGUGCUUCUGUAUCGAGCUGGUGCCAAAAGUGUCAAGGAGCUGUCAUCUUUUGAAAGUGGCAACCCAAAAGACCGCAGAUGUUUAUUGAUUAUUGGAAAACCUGUCGACGAACUGGCAGUAGCGAUUGUCCGAGAUGUUUUGAAUAACAGUAAUUUUAGAUAUUGUCGUUUUGUUGCUGGAUGUGGGUUUGAAUCAUAUAGUGUUGAAAAGCUGGAGAAUGAACUAUGCAAAAUUAUUUCAGCUAAGUACGAGGAUGGUACAGUGGAUGUAAUGGAUAUACCAAUAUCAUUGACUUGCUUGUCUCCUACAUUAUUUUUAGUGCCCCAUCUUCAAGACAUUCCUUUGUUGAUAGAGAAUAACUAUGAAGUGUAUGUUUCAAAAAUUGCAGCAACUUUAAACAACAUAUUUAAUCAUUUAAAUGUAAAACAUGACCUUUAUGCUGUUGGACCGUUAAGUGAAGCUGUAACUUACCAUUUUUCUAAAAUUCAAAAAACUUUAAGUACAGAGUCGAGCCGCCUAAAUGUUAUACUUAUUGAUCGAAUAGUUGAUAUGUAUGCAGUUACUGAUUUUGCAUCUAGCUGUCCAUUAGACAAAAUGAAUAUGUUACUGACUAGAUUUCCCAAAACAUGUUCUGAUAUAGCUGUCAUAACUGAACCUUUGUUACAAGACUUAAAGUACAAGUCGAUCAAUGAUCAAUUACAAGUGCCGAUGUGUUUAGCUCCAACACUGAAACCUACACCUAUAGUUGAAUGGUUAUUAACAAAAAAUGAAAAAAAUUUAUUGGCUAGCAUAAGAACUACAUUAACUGAAAAAUGUUCUGGACCUAUUAAAAAAACUAUAUCAAGGAUUACACCUCUGAUCUUAGAAACUCUUUUAGAUGAUGAAAAGUUUAAUAGUAAAGAAUCUAUAGACUUUAAACAACAAGUACUUUGUAUUUGUGCUGCUUUAAAAUCUCCAAAUCUCUCAACAAUUGAACUUGCUCAAAAUAUUGGCAAACUAUUAUUACAAAAUAUUUCAAUGGAAAGUGACACUGACAUCUUAACACAAGUUAGUCAAUUAUUUAAAACAAGAAAAGACAGAAAAUUGACUGUAGAAAUUCUAUUAUGUAUUUUAGUUCAAUUGUAUUCAGUUGUUGAUGAAGAUUUUGUAAUGUCUGAAGAACAUCAAAUAGACUUAGAGAAUAUUGUUGGUGAAGCCUUUUUUGAAGACUUGGAAUAUUUACCAGAUUAUAUAAUUAAUGAUUUAAUAGGAGUGGAUUUUAGUACAUUGCUGGGUUGUCAACAAGCUGCAGAAAAAUUCCUUUUUAUUUUAAAACAAAUUAAGCGGUCAAGACAGCAUUUUAUUCAAUACAGAAGACUCUUUUUGAGAGAAAAUCCAUAUGUGCCAGCAGCAUAUAGUUCUUUCGUCAAACAGCUAAUGGAUGAUGUGUGUAGUCCAAUGCGACCUAAUCUAUCAGUUUUAAACACCAAGUCUGAUGGGAUAAAAGAUUAUAUAAAACUUGGUUUCAAUAAAAUCAUUAAUACCGUAAACAAGCAUCCACUAGAUUGUGACCAUCUGAUAGUGUUCGUCAUUGGUGGCAUAAGUGGACACGAAGUGCAUUCAAUUUGUGAAGCCACAAAAAAUUGUGGCAUUCGAGUAAGCAUAGGAUCUACUAGACUGUUAUCGCCAUAUGAGGCAGUGCACUCAUUGUUUAAAAAAGUUUAGUCAACAAUAAAAAUUCACUAUAUUUAUUUAAUAACUUAACAAAAAAAAAAACAAUUAUAAUUGGUAAAAUUGUUCAUGGAAUGAAUAAAUGAGCAAUAUUAUUUUCUUUUGUACAAUCCCAUUCAUUAUAUAUUGUCAAUGAUCCCAAGUACCAAUAAAAGUCAGUUGUUUAUACAUGUUGUGCUUUAAAUUUUAAUCGGAUGUUGAAUUACUAAACGAAUGUAAUUUUUCAAUGGAUAAAGACAGCUGUUCUAGACUAGCCAUUAGGGAGUGCAUGUUUUCUGUGCCUUUGGCAAUGCCUUGUUCGCUGAGCGGAUUCGAUCCGUCUUGUCUCACACCAAGUUCAAAAUGUAGCCAUGCUAAAUGUUCUUGUUGCUCACGAAUAGCUGUCAUUUGUUCCAUACUGCAAUCCUUACCUAAAUGUUUACAAAUAUAUUAUAUAAGUCAUAAGAUAUAUUAUCACUGAUCAUUUUACAAUGAAAUUAUGAAUUAUAUACACUUUAUUUGAUGUUCAUCAGAUAAAUUUAAUUGUUGUUGUUUACCAUUAACUUAUGCAUGGUUUGAUAAUAACUAUUGUUUGUAUGUUUUUUUUUCUUUUAUUAGAAAGUUGUAUUUAUAAAAACGGGAAAAAAAUAUAAUAAAAUGUUUUUUUUUUUU